AUGGCGAGAAAACGGACACGUCGUUUUACACGGUAAGUCGAAUAAAUUUGUAAAUGGGAAAAAGCGCGGGAAAACUUUUUGAACUUGAAAAUAUUUGAAAAAAAACAUAUUUCCCGCGCUUUUUGGUUUCGCAACGAUUUUUUUGAACUUCUCCCGGAGAAUAGUAAUUUUCCAGCACACCGAAGAAGAACAAAAAGGAGUUGGGACCAUCUAGAAAAAAAGCCAAGAAUGAUGUUGAGGUGAGUAAGGCUAUGCUCCGGUAUAAAAACAACAAACUAGCUACCCCAGAAAAUGUCCUCGCCUUAACUUUAUAUUUCAGAACAAGGAGGAAAACCGGAAAAUGAAGGUGGAGAAAUCUAAAAAUGGUCUGAAAAUUGAUGAGGACGUGAGUUUUUAUUUUCAAUUCGAAAUUUUGCCUAGAAAAUCAAACAGUUCCUCUUCUAAUACAAAAGAUCAGAAAAAAUUGAUAAAGUCUACUGUAUUUCACUUCCCCGAUUCCAAUAUUUUCGGAUUAAAAAUCUUCAUCCCAAUGUUUCAGGAAUUAUCAAUAAUCUUGGAUGUACCAAUCGAUGUUUCAGACUGGAUCAUUAAUUUAAUGACACCCGAUGAUAGGUGAUUUCGAUAAUCCCACUUUCCACUGAAUAACAACUUUCUAUUAAGGGCAAGAUUUGCACAAUGUGCCAAAGUGACGAACGAAGCGGUGCAACGAUCAAAAAACUAUAUUUAUAGUUUGUCGUUCUGUGAGACAGUUACAGAUAUCCUCAUCUAUAUUUCACACCAGCCAAAGGAAAUAUAUUCGACAAAUCAGAUCGAUAAUGCUUAUGAUACUCAUUAUAAGUUUGACAAAAUUGGAAAGAAAAGAUUCAAGUAUUAGUGAGUUUAAAACGGGGAGAAACUAAAAGAAAACACAAUUUGAACUUAUAUCAAAAAUAACACAUUUAAAAUUAUCAUCAAACCCUAGAAAUAAUUUUCAGUCUGUGAAUAAAAAAUAAUGACAUAAUUUCAGCACAGCUGGUUCAACUUCGGAUAAAGAUCCAUUAGAUGAUGAUGUCGAUUCGAAUGAAAUCAGUUGUCAAUUAUUCAAACAACUUAUAUCCAAGCAUCAGAAAUCUAUCAGAGCAUUAUCAUUAAAAAUCUACGACAAUCGUCACUUUGAUUUCGGAUUUGAGAACUUAUGUAAUUUGAAAGAACUUUCGCUCAGCGGCGAUUUUGAUAUUUCUCCAAUUAUGUCAAAAAUUCACCAACCACUCGAUAAUUUGUAUAUCAAAGUGAAUGAUCAUAAUUGGAUGAACUCGAAUUAUCUCGAGCUCAUUUUGAAGACUCGAAUUACUCUAAAAAUCCCAAGCUAUUCUCUUACUGAUGAGCAAUUUCUUAAGCUUCGAGCAAGAGAUUUAGAAUGUAUGAUAGGGGAUUUGAGCGAGGAAACUAUUGCAGAAUUUGUAAAAUCAUACAAAAAUGGAACAAUCAACAGAAAUGCUGGCUAUUAUGUUUGGGCAUUUACCAAUGAAUCGACAUUUGAUGUUCGUAAAUUAUGGGCACUUUUAGGAUCAGUUGAUCCAGCAGUAAGGCUGUACGUUCAAUUUUCGUUUUCUUUUUGAAAAAUCACUAAAUAAUUGCAGGUCAAAAUUGCUUCCAAUCAAACACUCAACCAAGAGAAAAAUCGCUUAUUUGAACUUCGAAAAUAACGUUUUGAAGUGGCGAAAUAUGAUGGGAUGA